UCUCGAGGGAAACACCGGACCGUUCGCCGCUCCGCGUACCCCUUAAUUACGUCAGUUGAUGAUGCACACGUAAAUACCGGGAUCUUUACUCCCGAUUCUUUACUUCUAAGAUUUUUAUCGAACCUGUUGUCGGAUCGCAAGUGAUCGAAGACGACACACGGAUUAUUCACGUACUCAUCAUAAGUCGAGCCAGUUUCUGUGAGUGUUGUAUGCAGCAGUGACUAUACAGAGAGACCUUCGUCGCGUUGAUUACCGAAGUGAAAGAACCAACGAAUCUUUCACAGGCAUACAUGUGCGAUACAUGCACACCGAGUUAACCGCCGGCAUCGCGCGGGGACACAAAGGAACGGGGACAACAGGGGCGAAAAGGAUACGCCGCAAGGAUACAGCAUUAUACUUUUUAUUCACCCACAAGCUGUUCAACGCCAUCGGAUUAUACGGAAUAUGAGAUGAGCUGGAUGCAGUGUGGACAGUAAUGCAGGUGUAUCGGACUGGACGAUUAUGUACUAGAAUAAAAUAGGAACAGUGUACGACAGCUGUUUCGUAAAAACGUGUAUCUGGAACACGUUACAGUUGAUAAAAAAAAAUAUAAGAAUAUAUAAAGAAGCGUAGAAUGGAGCUGGUAUUAUCGCCCGGUAGAAUUGGAGGGGGAGAAAGGAAUGGUUCUCCUUUUCAAAAUCAGGAGGUACGAGAGUGGUCGCAUGUCGAUCGUCUCACUGGGAUGCUUGAGCAUGCCAGAAUAGAGACAGGUCGAUGGCAAACGAGACAUCAGGGAUCUGCCCAAGCAUACGGGAAGGUUAUCGAUUCACGAGAGCGCAAUUCGGCGGAUGGAAAUGUCGUCCAAAAAGCACGAAGACAAGUCGAAGUGUUUCAGAGCCAAGGGGUGAGUGGUAGGUCUGUUCAAGUUGUUAGAGCUUCUCAAUGGUCCUCCUCCAGAAUAACAGAUUCCACAUCGAGUAGCCCUGUAUCUGUAUCAAUGACCGAGUCACAGUCGUCACUGAGAAAUGGAAACGACGAAGUAGUUCCAGGCGGUAAAUCGGUGUUCAGAAGAGUACAGCAGUGCGACGACGCCCAAAGUUUGACCAAACUCUCCCAAGUGUCGCGACUGUGUCGUCAAAUAAACGCGGAGACUGCAGGUGCUGGCAGCUUUGCAAACCUGCGAGGAAAACAGUCUCCCAAUGUUUCUCCUCUUCUCGGCAAUAGGUUUAGGAAUCUACACCACGACGUCAGUUACAGGGAAUACGAUAGAAACGUUUCGAACUUACUGGUAACGAAUAGCCCGAAAAAAAGUACCUCGAACGAAGACCUGACUAAGUGUGUUGAUAAUGGUAACGCAAGGUUGAAAUUUAGCCGCGAUUGCAAGGCUCGACGUUCUCUGCAAAUACAGAAAUCAUCGGAGAUAACGACGAGUAGUACGAUCGGUAAGGCAGAUGAUCCCGGAAUUGAAAUUCCGCUGCAUUUCAAUUCGUAUGAAAAUCAUGAGGCUCGUACUAUUAACGGUGGAGUUCAGGUUAACGAAUUUGGAGAUAAGGAUCUCCUGUCGUCGGACCAGGCCGUUAGAAGUGCGGCGAAAAAUGGGGAUAAGAAAAAAUUGAAGUCAUACGUUUUAGGAAUGCAGGAUGAGUCUGAUUCAGAUUCAAGCGUAACGAUUGAGAGCAAGUACCUUCGGAAUGGGGAGCACGUUUUUAACGGCGUCGUUUCUACCGCAACGGGGGAAGAAAAUGGCGUAAAUAAGGAGGUUACGAGAUGCCAGUAUUUAAAACCGACGCCGAUUCUGUUGAAACCCGUCAAGUCGGUUCAAUUGAGCGCAACUCUGGGCACGAUUGCCAAGGCGAAUACGACCGUCGUUCACCUGAACAACACCAAAGUAUUUCCUGAUCCAGAAACUGACCAAUCAACGGCCGACGAAAGCGCGGGAACAACGACGCCGAACGGUUAUCUACAGUCGGACAAGAAGGUCGCGAGCAUGAAUGGUAACGACGAGUCGAUCGCUGCGACGAGUUCAAGUAGGUCUGUAAAAAGGGUGGGAUUCUGUAAAACCGAGGUCCAUUUCGCCGCGGAGUCUGGGAAGGUGAAUAUAGUCGAAACCGACUGCAAACCUCCGCCGUCGAACAGAUACAGACGAAGAAGGCGCGGCAAUAUCGUCGCCGGCAUGCCGGCGACGAACAAAAACUUACCGCUAAUUCAUUUCGGCGAUACCACCUACGAGAAAUAUAUUUUUGGUCAGUCGAACGGACCGCUUAAAACCGAAUUUAAAACCGGUCCAGUUGACAAAUUUCUCGAUAAUCAACAAGACGCUUCUAAGGUUCUCAGAGACGAACAAAGAUUGCAAAUUGCAGCUGCAGACGACUUGAUCAUCAAAGACGGAUGGAGCGCUAGGCUUAAAACUAUACUGCAAUCUGAGCCUCCCGUUAUUGGCGAAAAUGACGAUUUGAACGCUCACCAAAAUUUCGAUGGCAUUGACGAGACAAUCGCCGUUGAUCAUACAUUCAAGGGACACACGACUACGGUUAAUCUCGGUGCUAAUGGACUCUCGAAACUUAUGCAAAAGCAUGCGAAUGAAGACCGAAUGAAAAUCGAGGACUCUUCUAACCAAGGCAAAGAUAAUCAACUGCAGUAUAGUUCUGGGAGCGAACAAGCCGACGAAGAAGUUCGAUCUUACAUGCUUGGAUCGCAGAUGCAUCACAGACUAAACAUCCAGCAUAAGAAAUUUUUACAUUCAAUUGCAAUGGAAAAGUCGAGGAACAUUCGCAAUUCCGAGGAACGCCACUUAGGUCCGAGUACCGUGAAUGAAAGGAAGGAUAUUAAUUGCAUAGACGUCAUAGAUCAAAAUCUUGUCAAUGUAUCGACGAUUGACGGAGACGAUUUGAACACUGGUAACUCUGGCCUACCGGUGGAAGAAAUUUGCUUCGAAUCUAAUGGCACUGUGGAAAAAAAUCCCGUGCAAGAUGCGAUAUUGAAUGAGAGAAACGUGAUCACAUCGGAUAACGAAAACAACAAGGUUUUGUUGAAUAUCGUUACGACCCACGAGCCUGUCAUCGCUAGAGUAGAAGAAAGCCAUUCUGUGGAAACAAGGAGGGAGUUAUUUGCUGGUAACAAAUUGCAUUCCCAUUCCGAAAAUAUGGAAGAAAAAAGAAAUACUGUGACGGAAUUAAGUCGCGGUAAAAAGUCUUUUUCGACGAGGAUAGAGAAGACUAGGACUAAACACAAAACCAAAGAUCACUGUGAUAAUGCAUCGAAGAAAGAAGUAGAAGCAAGCUGCUGUUUGAAGAAAAAUGAUACAAACACGACUGAUCCUACUUACGUGAAUGUCUUCGAAAGAAAGAAGGAGAAAAGCAUUCCGAUAUACGAAAAUUGUUACGUGAACAAUCGUAAGAAAAAUUUUAAUGAUAAGAAAUAUUCGAAAAAUAUUUCUGACGAUAUUCAGUCUCUUGCAGAGUUAAAAACGGUCAUAGAUACUUUGACUCAAUCCACGAACGGUGAUUGCGAUUCUGAAUCGGCAAGUCUGUCGAAUACGGAUUGUGAGGAUGAAAACUUCACGCCGUCUUCCAGAGCUAGAGAUUCCGAUGCAAAACUUGCAACGAUAUCCGAAAAUACGAACUCGGGCAAGAUGAAUAAUCGCGAAAACCAGAAAAUCAAAGCGAGCAAAAUAAGGAGCAAAAGGCCAGCUAGACCACCAUCGUCUGUGUCCAGCAUUGAAAGUGUUCACCGAAUUGCUGUCAAUGAAAGUGCAAACGUUUCUGAAGUUAAAUCAUUACACUGUAAAUCUACCCGCUCAAGCAGACUGCGCAGUAGAAAUAAUCAGGAGAAAAUACCAGCUAAGGAAUCCGCCGAAAGAUAUUCAUCGGACGAUAAAAAAAAUGAUACGAUCGAACGAACGUCGAACUCAAAAAUAUCUCGUUCAAAUCACGCAAUCAAUAACAUUACGAAAGCAAGCAGCGAUCAGGCUGGAAAAAAUUUGAAUGCUAGUAUAAGAUCGAAAAAGCCCAUCGAAAUUGUUUAUGAAACUGCUGUAUUUAACAUGAAGAAUGAAAAGCUUGCUAAAUCGUCGAGGGCUAAAGAAUCUAAGACCCCUCGAUACAUUAAUGAUCUCAUAUGUGGAAGCAAACCGAAACGCACGAACGAUAUGAAACACGUUAAAGGAGCAGCUCUGUGUCAACCACGUGUACAUCAUAAAAGCGUAUCCCCGACAAAUAGACACUGGAAAUGAAGUAUAACGAACGGCUGUAAAAGCACAAAUUGAUGAAAAAGUUCCUUUGAUUUUAAGACGAUAUCGAAUACUCUAACAAGCACGUUGAUAAUAUUCUCUCGAUAUUAAACUUGGAAAAGAAUAAUAUUAAAAUAAAGCUAAUAUUUUAUUUAAUAGCAAAAUAAUAGUUCCUUAUUUAAGAAUGCUAGCUUCAUAUGAUAAAGCUUAAAUACAAUAAUAUUAAUUUGUUUUACAUGUCAAGUCGCGUUUUUCUCUUGUAAUCCAGGCGUCAUUCAUGACGUUAUUAUUAUUAUUA